UUUUUUUUUUUGAUGAAUACUUCUAAAUCCAUUUAUCGUAUUUGUUUGGAUGGAAAAUGUUAUUGUGAUUUUAGAAUAUCAGUUACAGGUUGUGUAGAUGAAAAUGUAAUGAAAUUAAAUUAUUAUAUUACCCUGGGGAUCACAGCCCCUGUGAUACUAUUUGGUCUCUUUUUAUUAUUCAAACGUGUAUGUAUUCAAGGACAUAGAUUUAUUGACAAAAGAUCAGCACUAGGUUGUUUAAGACCUCAUCCUAUGGAUUGUUUAUUAUUGUUUUGUUUGAUAUUUAAUAUACUUCGAACUCUUGAUAAUAUUUUGCUUGUGACCGAUGGUGCCAAUCAUCCUAUUUUACGAUCUUUCUUUUGGGAAUUCUCUUGGGAAUUCUUAUAUGCUGGUUUUGUGCUCUAUGUAUUGGGUGUUGCUCAAACUCUACGUGACAGUCAUAAAGCGGUAUCCACUGGAUGGUUACCAAGUGCCAAAACUAUAGAUAGAUUGAUUACAACAUUGCUAGUAUCUGUGGUGGUUACCAAUGAAACAUGUACGUUUGUCGCUGGAGUAUACGGAGAAUCCAAUAUACCAUUGGCAACAUCAUUCAUCCUCGCUCUCUACUACCUUUGGUUCAUUUAUUGCGCUAUCUUGGCUGUGGGCAUUUUAUAUUGUGGGGCGCGUCUCAUCUUUAUUCUGGAAACUCACUUGGAAAACUUUUCUAUGCCACAACAUCGUAUCAACAGUAUCAAAACAGGCAUCAUUAAGAUUAAAGCAAUGGUGGGCGUUGGCUUCUUUGGAUCUAUCAUUUAUGGUGUCUCCAUGCUUCUGUUUGCUGCUCUUCGACAAGGUAUCUUGAGUACAGAAGGUGGCGGUUUGACUUUAUCAUUGAUUUGGAAUCUGACUGGCCCCAUUGCUACUGCAGUUGUAGAAAUUACCAUGAUAUUCAGUGCAAAUCCGCAACAUAUGUCAAAUUUUCUGGGGCUCAAGGCUUCAUCCGAUAAUGCCAACAACAACUCUUCCAGCAAUACUGAUGAUUUUACCAACAAAUCAACUGAUGCUUUUGUCUUCACCGAUACUAGUGCAAUUAGCCAACAUACUGCAACCGAUGACUUCUGGCAAACGAGACCUGUCUCACUUAAAGAUACAGAACAACUACAAUUGGAAUAUCAAAAUGCUAUUGAACAUUUACGUACGCAAGGACCCAAUAAUUCGUCUACCAAAGCUAUUACUUAAUAUUGUCAAAUUGUUAACAUCAUCCUUACUGUUAUGACAACAAUUUCAUUAUCUCAAUCAUCGUCCUCAAUGCUCCUUCUUUUAUUAGUACAAAAU